GAUGGAGCCAUGCCAUUGGCCUAUUCACCGUCUCUUUGCAACAAGUGUCAUGUUACUGCAGUUGUCGGUCCUCCUCUCUUGCUUAUAUCUGGGCGUCUCUUUCGCUAUCGUUUUCAGCUCACAAAAGCAGCAAUUUCUUCUCCAUCUCAAAGCCAUUUAUGCGCACAAGAAUCUUUUAAAGAAAGACCUUUUGCAUUAAGGUCUCCCCUUCCUCUGACUCUGCUUGAUUAUGGUGCUCGAAAUGUCCAUUUGAGGGAGGAUGUUUGUGACUCUGCUUGA